GAAUACGGGUAGGACAUAGCAGUUCCGUCGACUGCUAACCGGCCGCCGAAUCAGAACGCCUGAGUUCACGCGCCAAAACUAAGUAAGCUAAAUAAACCAUGGAGGUGAAACUGGACGGACCGCUGCGUAAAGAGCUCGCCGACUCGGUCUCCUCCUGCCGGGUGCUGGUUGUCGGAGCGGGCGGCAUCGGCUGCGAGCUGCUGAAAAACCUCGUCCUCACCGGCUUUAAAAAUAUCGAAGUGAUCGACUUGGACACGAUUGACGUGAGCAAUCUGAACCGACAAUUCCUCUUCCAGAAGAAGCAUGUCGGGAAGUCCAAAGCACAGGUUGCUAAAGAAAGCGCGUUGCGCUUCUGUCCUUCUGCUAACAUCACGGCGUAUCACGACAGCAUAAUGAAUCCAGACUACAAUGUGGAAUUCUUCAGGAAGUUUCAGCUCGUCAUGAACGCGCUGGAUAACCGAGCGGCCCGGAAUCACGUGAACAGGAUGUGUCUGGCAGCGGAUAUUCCUCUGAUCGAGAGCGGGACGGCGGGAUACCUCGGUCAGGUCACCGUCAUCAAGAAGGGAGUGACAGAGUGCUACGAGUGUCAGCCCAAACCCACGCAGAAGACUUUCCCUGGCUGCACCAUCCGUAACACUCCCUCCGAACCCAUCCACUGCAUCGUCUGGGCCAAAUACCUCUUCAAUCAGCUGUUCGGAGAGGAGGAUGCGGAUCAGGAAGUGUCCCCCGACACGGCCGACCCCGAGGCCGCGUGGAAUCCUGAAGAAACAGCAGCUCGAGCCCAAGCUUCAGAUCAAGACGGAGAUAUCAAACGCGUUUCUACUAAAGACUGGGCUCGCUCUACGGGCUACGACCCCGUCAAACUCUUCAACAAGCUCUUCAAAGAUGACAUCAUGUAUCUGCUGACCAUGGAUAAGCUGUGGAAGAAGAGGAAAGCGCCCGUGCCGCUGGACUGGUCCGAAGUGCAGAAGCUCGUGAGCAGUCAGGACGAGGUGUGUGGCACAGGGCUGAAGGAUCAGCAGGUUCUGAGUGUGUCGGGUUACUCUCAGCUCUUCCAGCACAGCGUCAACACACUCCGCUCACAGCUGGCUGAGAAAGGGGAAGGAGCCGAGCUGGUUUGGGACAAGGAUGAUCCUCCAGCCAUGGACUUUGUGACGGCGGCCGCUAACCUGCGCAUGCACAUCUUCAGCAUGAACAUGAAGAGUCGCUUUGACGUCAAAUCCAUGGCCGGGAACAUCAUCCCAGCCAUCGCCACCACUAACGCGGUCAUCGCAGGCCUCAUCGUGCUGGAGGCGCUCAAGAUUCUUAACUCAGACUUCCAGCAGUGUCGCACGAUCUUCCUGAACAAGCAGCCGAACCCCAGGAAAAAGCUGCUGGUGCCGUGUGCGCUGGAUCGUCCCAAUCCUAACUGCUACGUGUGCGCCAGCAAACCUGAAGCCACAGUUAAACUCAACGUGCACAAAGUCAUUGUACAGACUCUACAGGAUAAGAUCCUGAAGGAGAAGUUCGGCAUGGUGGCGCCGGACGUGCAGAUAGAGGACGGCAAGGGGACGAUCCUCAUCUCCUCAGAGGAAGGAGAGACCGAAGCAAACAACAGCAAGCUUUUAUCGGACUUUGGGAUUCGGAAUGGCAGCCGACUUCAAGCUGAUGAUUUCCUGCAGGAUUACACACUUCUGGUUAAUGUUGUGCACUGUGAGGAAAUGCCGAAGGAUGUUGAGUUUGAGGUUGUGGGUGACGCCCCUGAGAAAGCUCCACCCACAAGUGCUCCAGAACAAGAGAAGAGCAUCACCAAUGGCAACAAAGACUCCGCCCAGCCCUCUACCUCAACAAAAGCUGUGACUGAAGAGGAUGACGUUCUCAUCGUUGACUCAGACGAAGAACCUUCCUCCAGCACCAUGGACGUUUCCACGGAGACCAGCAACCUAAAGAGGAAGCUCCAGGACGCCGAUACGAGCGAAGCGGCGCCCAAACGCAAACGUCUCAACCAACAGCCGGCUGAAAACGACGACGACGACAUCAUCGCUCUAGACUAGCGUGUCCCCUCGUCUUCCCUCCACACAGAGGGACUUCUGUUUGUAUUUUUCAUACUGUUCCCAUUAACGACCUUGUGUAAAUAUAUGUGUACAAAAACCGCUGAGCGCUUCAUCGAUGUCUCUUUCUUCUAUUUCUUUCUAUUUCUUUAUAUUUUUCCAACCAGAACAAACAGACUCUCAGUGUUUGUUUAACAAGGACUUCUCCGAUUGCUGAAAUGCUUGCUGAAAUUGUCUUUCAGAGUAAGCAUUACGGUUAUUAAGAUGUAUUUCCUGUUUGGAGGAGUAGAAGGCUGAAGGAAACACGUAAUGUAUUUUGGUGUGUUUUAUCAUCACUUUUGAAGACGUUCCAUAUUUAUUAUUAUUUUUUUUUAUGAACUUGCAUAAACCACCAGAAGCAGGUGCUCAUUUCACAGUAUUUUUUUUGUUCAGUCUGUUCAGCAAGCUUCUCUCUCCAACAUAAAAUGUUGUAUCCAUGUUUUUUAAUACAAUUUGAUGGCAGUUAUUUAUUCUC